AACACCGGAAUCAUAUAUAUAUUUACACCCUCCAUGUAUGUUCGGUCAUCCAUUGCAAGAAGCAACAGCAACAAGGAAACAAGCAAGACGGGACUCGAACACUGAUCCGAGACUGAGAGUGCCGAGAAGGAAGAGACGAUGUCGGCGGAGAGUAUUAUUGUGGUGAAGUCCGAGUUGAGCACGGGAGCGAGACGACCAUUGUGCAUGGUGGAGUGCGACCCCGCGAGCAUGGUUGACAGGCGCGUCAAGAGGAGGAGAAGAGUUCACGUCAAUGGUGGCAGUUCUGCUGCUGCGGGAGUUCCGGCAGCAGGAGAUGAUCAGAAGAAGCGUCACGAGGUUGAUGGAGUUGUUGCCGCUGCAACAACGACGGUCAAGAGGAGCUCCAAGUACCGGGGUGUAAGCAGACACAGAUGGACGGGGAGAUAUGAGGCUCAUUUGUGGGACAAAGGGUGUUGGAAUCCAACACAGAGGAAGAAGGGAAAACAAGUUUAUCUUGGCGCCUACGAUGAAGAAGAAUCUGCUGCGAGAGCUUAUGAUUUGGCAGCACUCAAGUACUGGGGAAGCUCAACCUUCACUAAUUUCCCUAUAUCAGAUUAUGAGACGGAAAUCGAGGUUAUGAAAAACAUGACUAGGGAAGAAUAUUUGGCUUCGCUAAGAAGACGAAGCAGCGGUUUCUCAAGAGGUGUAUCAAAGUACAGAGGAGUUGCAAGGCACCAUCACAAUGGGAGAUGGGAAGCGAGGAUAGGCAGGGUGCUCGGAAAUAAAUAUCUCUAUCUGGGAACUUACAGUACACAAGAGGAGGCUGCUCGUGCAUACGAUAUUGCAGCAAUCGAAUACCGAGGGAUCAAUGCAGUGACCAACUUUGAUUUGAGCUCCUACAUAAGAUGGCUGAAACGAGGACCAAAUAAUUCUCAUGCUCCCCAGAAGCCUCAAUUAACCUUGCACUCUGAACCUGCAUCGACCUCCUCGAACCACAUCCAAGGGGAAGAAGAAUCCAAGCCGUCCAUCUUCUUUCGCUCCGACUCUUUCGUGUUCGAUGAUCUCAGUGCUCCGAUGAAACAAGAGGCGAGCACGAAUGCAGUCUGUGUCUCCACCAACUCGACUUCUCCAACUGCACUGGGACUGCUGCUCAAGUCGUCGGUAUUCAGAGAGCUAGUCGAGAAGAAUCCACAUUCCCUCGACGAAGAAAAGGAGGACCCUACGAAGGGUUUUAUGCAGGCGGGCCGUGGGGACAAUAUCAGAGGCGGCUUUGGCAAUGAGAUUGGAGUUUCCCCUUUCAUUUUUACACCUAUUGGAGAGAGUGAGAGUUUGCCUGGUCUGGAAUCAAGGGAAAGUACGAUGCUUGUGGGCAAUAGAACAGAGCCAUGGAAUUGGCAGUAAAUUAACAUCUCUCCUUGCAACCACACGCUAACCGCUGUGCGCCUUCUUGUAUCGAUUGAGAUGAAGCAUUACUCUCUCUCUCUCUCUCUCUCUCUCUCUCUGUGCACGUGCAGCUGAGCCGGUGCCAGUGCCGCAGUAGCAUUUGGUUCCGAUAAUAAAAAGUGAAAAUGCAUUUAGUCAUCAAUCGGCUUUUCUUACGAAAGGUAUAGAGAGAGCAAAGUCAUGGGCAUAUGGAUAAUCUGCAACAGUGUUCGGUAAUACAACUUAUAGAACAGUCCGCAAAGCCAGUGGUUUAUCAUUAGACACGCAAAGGAAUAGAUUCUGCAAGAGACUUCGGCUAGAGGAUGCACAUCAAGCAGGAGGUACAAUUCCAAGAUGGUCACAGAGUCACCAUCAAUGAACUCAAACCAACAAGACAGACGACUGAAGUAGACGCAGUUAAUGCAAUCCCGCGACCAAAAUGAGCCCCAAUGUAGUCUUCAGUUGAUGCAAUCCCGCAACCAAAAUGAGCUCCAAUGUACAACAAUCAUACGUGCCCUUCUCGAAUAUUUACAUUUCAACAGGUUAUUUCCCUUACUUGGAAGGCCACUUAAUCUACAAUGUAAGUUACAAAGAAU